AUGAAGGAUUCGAGAACAAACAGUGAUGAAAAAUUCAAGGAGAAUGUGGGUGACGGAGCAGACGGUGAAGAAGACGACGGAGUGACGGUAAAGGUCUUCACCGAUCAAUGCAAGUCUGACCCUUCCCUUCUCUCUACUCCUUCUCUCUACUUCUUCCGCGAGUAUCGCAAGAGGAAAGGUGAAUCUGACGAUGAGAGGAAGGAGAAGUGGUGGUGUGGCAAGAUGAUGAAACGGAAAAGAGAAGUGGUGGCCUGA